AUUUAAGCAUGAGCAUGUGCUGCACGUUAAACAGAUCCGUACGAUCUAAUCCGAAGUACGAUAUCUGAUUGGUCGGUCGGUGCUCGGUAUAAAAUUUUGCGGAGCAUUUGAAUUGGCGCUACGGGGCCAUGACGAAACCGAGAGCUCCCAAAACCCGGGAAUAUUUCGUGGACUGAUUAAUGUUUCUGCUGAGCUUGAUACAAUCUGAGGCUGAGCGAAAUUUCUCGACAUUGAAAAGAAUCAAGACUUUUCUUCGUAAUACCCAGGAUCGCCUAACAGCGUUGUCGAUGCUGACCAUUGAAAAGGAAUUUAUUUCGACCAUGGAAAAUUUCAACGGGAAGGUGAUCGACAAAUUUGCUGCUAAGAAGGAGCGCAGGAUCGAACUGACAUAAAAAAUAGGUAAGUUCGGAUUUGCAGAACACCUGUUUUAUUUUGCCACGAGCCGCCACUGA